AUGAGGGCCCCGGAAUUUCGUUGGACCCUAUGGGCCCUGCUCCCCAUUCUCUCUACCUCGUUUGUAAAAGCAGACGCGCCGACAUCUUGUAGUGAAAUGGGCAGUACCUACGAAGCUUCAGUUUACGCGUUCAAUGUUAAUUGCGACACCAUCGGUGGCAAUCCAGCUACUUAUGCUUAUUACUCUGUCGGGGAUACCUUCGCAUCGUGCAUACAGAGAUGUGACCUCGACGAUGAUUGCAUUGCUGUAAACUAUCAACAUUUCACCGGCGAUUGUGAUUUAGUUGCCGCAUUUACUCAGGAACAGCCUUCAUCUGACUACGAUCUUGCUGUGAAAGCAUAUGAGAUACCAACAUCGCCUACAACAACGACAUCAUUGACAACAGAUGCGGUGACUACAUCAGAUGCGGUGACUACCUCAGACGCAGUGACUACCUCAGACGCAGUGACUACAUCAGACGCGGUGACUACCUCAGAUGCAGUGACUACCUCAGACGCAGUGACUACAUCAGAUGCGGUGUCUACCUCAGAUGCAGUGUCUACCUCAGAUGCAGUGACUACAUCAGAUGUGGCGACUACAUCAGACGAGGUGGCUACGUCAGACUCUACAACCGUACUGUCAACAGCGUCAACAACAGAGGCGAUGUCUUCAGACUCUACAUCCCUGCCGUCGAUUGCAUCAACCACUGAUGCGAUUUCUACAUCAGACUCCACGACCCUACUGGAAACGGCGUCGACAUCAGACCUGCUGUCUACAUCAGACUCUGCAUCAACAUCCGAUCCUUUGUCUACCCCAUUAGACUCUACAACCCUAUUGUCUACAUCAAGCUUCACUUCGUCACCAUCAACAGUGACAUCUACAUCAGAAUCAGCAGUGAUACUCACAACAUCAGGCUCAUUUGUAUCUUCAUCUAUGCCUGUGUCAGACUCCACUACAGUGGAGGACGUGACCUCUUCGUCUAUGACAUCUUCGGUCUCGACACUUCUUACUCUAUCCACCUCAGCAUCUUCAGCAUCCUCGGCAUCUCUAUCCUCCACGCUGUCCUCCUCUUCUUCAGUCGUUACUUUGCCCACAUCAACUGGACACUCGACCACAAGCAACAGUAACGCGGCCGUUACCUCUACUACUAAGACAUCUGAGAGUGCUGUGCUCACCGUCAUUGCCACUGCUACAACUAUCAACACAGCUUGCACCACUCUCACUACACUUACAGACACAGUAACGAGUGUCACAUAUGUCACUGUUGAUACCAGCUUAUCUGUGGUUACUACUUGUGUCCCAGUCACUUUGGUAUACAGUCCCUGUGGCUGUGAGCACGAGACCUACACAACCGUCGAUAUGACAACUGUUACCUCUCCCUGUAGUACUGAUGCAUCCUAUACGAAGGAUACCAUCACCCUCACAGUCCCCAAGGCUUGUGAGACAAUGACCAGUGCUGGACAGUCUGCAGUCCAAUAUCCUUCUGGCUGGAUAUGGUCUCAGACAUAUUCCGGCCAUGGUAGUUAUUACCUAGCACAGCCAACAGCGGUGCCACAAACCGACUCUGGGUCAGACAGUACCCAGCCAUCUAAGGUUGUUCCAGUAGUCAGACCCGAAACGAUCUCAGAAGAAGGCAAGGCUUCAGUGAAGGCCACUGAUCGACCACAAAAGGCGACUGGAGAGCCGUCAUCUCAAUCCGGAUCUGACAGCUAUGACCACCCCGAGGCCUCGGCAUCCAAACCCACAACUGCUCCUCAUUAUGAACAGGUCCCAGCCAAGGAAUCCAACAGCCUGGAGGCUCCUUCAUCAUGGACAACUCAUCUCAGCAACCACGAUGCCUCAGCUUCGGCGAGCAAGACAGGAUCAACUGGCGAGACAGCUCAAAGCAAUGUGCCGUCACAGUCUGGUGGAAAAGGAUCCACGCCUAUGACCAUUUCAGGAGCUAGCCGACCUCGUUGCGUGGCUUGGACUGUUGUUGGCUUGGCCCUUAUGCUUUACUAA